CCGGGCACUCCCUGGAUCCCGCGGUCCCUCCCCGCUGCCGCUCCCGCCCUUGGCCGCGCGCGGGCCUCGCCCCGCCCUCCCCGCAGGUCCUGGCAGGGCCGUAGGGAGGGAGCGCGGGCGGAGAGCGGGGGCGGUCAGGACCCGGCCGGGACGAUGCUGCCCGCGGGCCGCGGCGGGCGGGGCGGCGAGGAAGAGGAGCAGCCGCAGCCCGGCUCCGGCGCUGGACACGAGAACAGGCCUUCACCCAAGGAGCUGGAGGAGCUGGAACUGCUGAACAGGGCCUUAGAGAAGGCACUGAAAGUCAGGAAAAGCAUCUUGAAAAGUCCAUUAGAGGCCCCGGGAGCUACAGGAAAGAAAUUGGCAGGUGAGGGACCUGCUGCCAGGAAGGCUGAAGAGCAGCAGGGGCCUGUACCUGUUGAGGAUGUUCCUGAGAGCACAAAGGUGGGAACUGGAAGCAAAAAGCCUGGCUCUUCAAAGAAGCCCUCUGCAUACCAGCUAAGAGCCCCUUAUAGGACUGACCCAGAUGUGAAGAAACCACAAAGGAAAGCCCCAGCCAGAUGUGUUUCUCAAGGUCCCAGGACAUCUGGGAAGAACUCCUCAAAAGGGGUGGCUUCGAAACAAAGAGGGAGUCAGAGGACAGCAACUGGCAGUGCCACAGAGGUCUGUGCUCCAGCUGAACCCCAAGAGACACUUGGCUCGUCCAAAUCUGCCCCAAAUGAGCAGCAAAGUUUUUCUGUGGGGGAUUCAGCUGGGGAAAAGAACUCAAUAGCUGCUGGCCAGGAGUUAUUUGAUGCAGGGAAGAAAAGUUGUGGUUUCCUGGGAGAGUCCAGCAAAAAGGAGGACACUGCAGGUGCAUCAGGAAGGAGCUUCUCACCUGGGACAGGCACCCUGUGGGAAAAGGGAUGCCAGCUGAAGCUCCCCCUUCCCUACAGGAUAGCCUAUUCCAGGAACUCCAGGGCAUGGGAGAAAUGUCAUCUGUGCCAAACAAGUGCAGAUGCAGCAGCUGCAAGGGCCCGUUUUGUGAAGAGGAUCCAGACAACUUUUGAGUUUUGUUCACCGAAGGCAGACUUCAGUCCUGCAGAGAUAGAGGAGGAAUUGAGGGUCCUCCAGGAUGUCCCCUCCCAUCUGAGGCAGUAUGUGGAAGCUGAGACUGCAGACCCUCCCACUCUACAAGGGGAGUAUGAAAGCCUUUUGACCUUGGAGGGUUUGCAAACCACAGUUGCUCAGUACCUGCAGAAGCUGCAGCUUCUUCGAGCAGCUCUGGAGUCCCAGCUGAGGCUGCGCCCAGACUGCACUGGGGAUGUGGGAAGCUGCUCCCCAGCCUGUGUCCCUGCCAGGGGACAGAUAUGUGACACUGCAGGAGUGCUGGCUCUGCCUCUCCUGUGUUACUCCAGCUUCCAGGAGCUGAGGGACCUGUUUGCCUUGAAGCUGCAAGUGUCAAUGCUGCACCAAGAGAUUGCCCUACAAAAGGUCUCACACAGCUUUCCAGAGCAGCCUGAAGAGGGGCAAAGUCUGAUCCAAACCAGCUGUAUUCUUCCCCAGAGUGGCAUGGCUUCCCUGGGGAUGCUGUCGGCAAGAGCAGUGCCCACAAAAAAAAGGAGGAGAAUACAUCCCAUGUCCAGACUAAUGCCCAAACCUGCCCUUUCCUGUGUCAGUCCCAUUGGCUCCUCUGAUUCUCCAUCUCACCUGCCCCAGAGCCUCCUGCUCACUGCCCAGCUCUGCUUCUCCAACAGUGUGGAUUUUUUGCCUUAUUUUUGGCUUUCUCUCAGCUGAUGCAGAAACAGCUGGGCCCCAUCGGCUCGGGGGAAGCGCUGACCUGGGAAAGGCUCCAGGUCUCUUACGUUUGCUGCAAUAGCUCAUCCCUUUCCUCUCUCCUUCAGGAAAACCAAUA